UGUUUGAAGGCUGGUGCGGUGGGAAAGUGCGUGAAGGCAGUGUAAAGGCAAGCUGGGCUAGCCAUGGUGAUGUUGUGGCUGUAAAGCUAGAGUAACAUUAACGUAACUUUUAAGGUUACGCUACUUUGGAAUUUUGUUGUUGGACAUAAACCUGCUGAACUUAACGUAAAGAUAUAACUUUUUUUGUUGCCUUCGCGGGUGUAUCUUGCUAACAUCGAUGUUAGCAACAAGCCUGUUCGUGUAAAUGCUAUUCACUAGAAUGGACCUGUUGAACUCUCAGUUCCUGGACAAGAUGAACAAUAACAUCGGGAGACUGCACUACGAAGAUGAGUCCAGGACACCCUCCCUGCCCACUGCUAUGUCCAACAUAACUGGGCCCCCUACGAACUGCCCAAGCAAACGAAAGUAUGGCGAAGAACAAAUGGACGACCGAAUCAACUGUGAUGAUGAUGACCACAUGACCAAAAUGAGCAGAUUGUUUGCCAGUCAACUUGCCCGUCCCUCUGCUGGAGACAAUUGUAAUGAGCACUGGAGCUUCGGUCACACUCCUGUGGAACACAUGACUUCCUCCUCCAACAGUCUCCAUGGGAACCACCUGUAUGCUUCCUUUUCUAGCUAUGCUGUAGACCAGCCUCUGGCUCUGACCAAAAGCAGCCACGACAUUGGAGUCGGGACCAGAGAGAGAUCUGUCAUUGGGACUGUAGAGCGGCAACAGGUCGGCAUCUUGUUUGCUAGUGCGCCCGGGUGCAAGUCUCCAGCUGUCCGUGUCUGUACUGAAAAUCGUCCCUCUGUUAUUACCUGUGCCCCGGCGAGCAACCGCAAUUGUAACCUCUCGCACUGCCACAUGAAUGGCUGUUCACCCAGCCCACCCGCUGAUGAGAUGAAGACUAACGCUAACACAGAAUGCGAUCCUGUGAUCGAGGAGCACUUCCGUCGCAGUCUUGGAAAAAACUACAAAGAAGCAGAGCCUGUGUCCAACUCAGUGUCCAUCACAGAUUCAGUGGAUGACCACUUUGCCAAGGCGCUGGGAGAUGCCUGGCUUCAAAUCAAGGCUAAGGAUGGGGGUCGUCAAACCCCAGAGGCAGAUCCAUGAAGCAGAGGGAAGUAAACAUUACAAUCACUUCCUUAGUGUUUGCAGAGGAGAGUGGAGAUUGCCCACUGUCAUUUCUUGCCAAGCAUCAACUUCCCUUAGCCAAGAACAAUAUAAGUCAUAUGGUGCUCACAUAGGCUGCACCCUUGUGGACCUCGAGGUCAACCUUUUAUUCGAAUACUCCGUUUAUAUUUAUGCUCAAAAAAUUGGCACCGUCUCUUUAUUGAAGAAGAGAAAAAUAAAUAUUGCGUAGUUGGGUUGACAAUGUUAGAUGUGGAAACUGUACAAUCAAGAUUUUUUAUUUUGCAUUCUUAAUGAGAUUCACAAAGUGUUAGGUUGUUUAGGAGCUCAUGUUCUGUUUUACCUGACUUUCACCUGCCUUGACAGCCAAAGAAAAUCCCCUGCCUUUCCCAUCAACAUAUAAGCCAUAGAUCUGGUCUUUGUUUUCCAUUCUAAAAUCCCACUGCUUCUUAAUCUAUAUUACUUGAAGAAGACAGCCAGGUCUUAUUUACUCUUUUACGUUUCUGACCGUUUAGGUAGCAGGUUACCUGUUACGUCUUUGUUUUGAAAUUGUGAAAAUGCAAUUAGGGUUCUGCUCCCCCCCCCCCCCCAACCCCCCCCUGCUUUCUGAAGACGCAAGACUAAUGUGUCUUAUUUAUGAUCCUGAACUGGACUUAUCCACUGUUAACGGAAUUAUUUUAGUUUCCUGUCUAUACGCUCACUGUGGCUGAUUAUUUAGUAAACUAAUAUCAAUCAUAGUAAAUGUGUCUAACUAGAAAGCAUGUUUCAAAUAGCUGGUUUCUAUUACAAACCUUAUUCUAUACUAUAUAUUUACUCAGAAUUUAUUUUUUAUCUGUAACAUUUUAGAAAUACUCACUGCUGGUACAGUUGUACUCAAUAUAUUUUUUGUAUCUGGUUUUCAUUACUAUAUGUAGGUGUAUACUUCGCACCCAACAACAAAUCACAGCCUCUGGCAAGGUUGUCUGAAUGCAGUUUAAAAGGCUCAUUUGCUUUGUUAUUCUGUGGACUAGGAUGCUAUAGCUUUCUACAUGACUGAAUACAGCUAAAUCUGACCUUCAGUAGCAGUCUAUUAGCAGUGGCUUUAUUUAUUCUGAACAUGUCGAUAGUUUCAUGUUGACUUUGAUUUGUUUCUAACAGAGGAUGUCUCCACACGUCUUCAAUUGCAAAGCAGUUGAUUUCCCUUUAAAACUAAGAUUUUAAUACACAUGCAAUUCAUGAGUAGGCAUCAAUAUCCCCCCCCCAUGACUGCCUGACACUUAUCAAUUACUUCAGUUGUGUUAAGUAUGAGUUUGUCCUUUUUUUAAUCAAGGCCGUGUCAUCUUCCUUUAUUGUGGGUAAAGGUGUUAGUGGGUUACAAAUUUCUUUUGUGCAGUUGAGUUUUGUUUUAAAUUUAUUUCUUACCAUUCUAAAGAUUCUCUACUUAUGGUAGCGUAACCUAUUUGUCAACACUGAUUUAAGAUAUGGUGUUUUAAUUUCAGAUUUCUACAGUUUUUUGAAUUGUUACAUACACUAUCCUUACUUUUAUAUAUUAUAUUUUACUCAUAAGACUAUCGUUGCGCCGCGCGGAAUGAUCAUAGAUAUUUUGUUUCUAUUCAGAGUAGUUUUCUCAUAUGUAGCAUGGAUGCUCAUUAUCUUCUAACCAUGUUUCUUUUUUUUUUUUUUUAUCUUUGUAAAAGUUGGUUAUUUUCCCACAAUUGUCAGACGAUGAAUAAGUGCAGGAACACAACAGUCUUUUGAUCAAAGACUUUCUUGGUGCAGUGUCAAAGACUUCUGUACUAACCGUUUAAAGAGUUUGUUUAGCUUUCUGUGUGUACCAUAGUGGAUUUUAGGGAUUAUCAUGGAAUCUGCUUGUUUGACACAAGUAGAUUUUUCAGUAAUAUGUUUGGGGUAUUAGUCCAUUGUUAUUUAAGUGCUGUAUAGACGACCUGUAUUUCAAAGACUGUUUGCAGAAAGGACCUGCUCCAGGUGUCAUCCACAUAGAAAGAAAAGUUCACUUUUGUCCUUAUUUCUCUGGAAGAAAAUGCCACUGUUUUGUACUUAAUUUCUUCCAAAUAAACAUACAAAUGCGUACCUUU